UGACUCACAUUCACUCAUUUCGUCAUUUUGAGUUACAUUCACUUAGUAGUUGACAUUAUUUUCCUUUCAUUUUGAGAUUUAAUUUAAUUUUUCUAAUUAAAUUGUUACCAAUGCCUUCAUCUUCAUGCUCAGAGUCAAGUGAUGGUUCACCUGAAUCUGAAUUUACUAUUUUAAUUGCAAGUGAUAUUCAUUUAGGAUACGCAGAGAAAGAUGUUCUUAGAGGUGAAGAUUCGUUCAUUGCUUUUGAAGAGGUUCUUCAAAUUGCUGUGGAAAAAGAGGUUGAUUUUCUUUUACUAGGCGGUGAUUUGUUCCAUGAGAAUAAGCCUUCGUCUAAAUCAAUGACUCGUUGUGUUCAAUUGUUACGAAAAUACUGCCUUGGAACAAGAGAUAAUCCGAUUAAAAUUAACAUUGUCAGUGAUCAAAAAGUCAAUUUUAAUCAUAGUGCUUUUCCAGUUGUCAAUUAUGAAGAUGAAAAUCUCAAGAUUUCUUUACCUGUUUUCUCAAUUCAUGGUAAUCAUGACGAUCCAGUUGGAAAGGAACCUCUUUGUGCUUUAGACACUCUAAGUGCUAUGGGAUUAGUUAACUUUUUUGGAAAAUAUGUAAAUGUUGAACAUAUUGAUGUUCAACCUUUGCUUUUAGAAAAAGGAGAGGAAAAGGUUGCUCUUUAUGGUCUUGGAUCAAUUCCUGAGGAAAGACUUCAUCGAAUGUAAAACGAACAAGUUGAAUUCAUUGCCCCUGAAGGUAAUUCUGAUCGGUGGUUCAAGAUAUUCAUUGUUCACCAGAACAGAGUCGCUCAUGGAACCAAAUACUUACCUGAGUCUUUCCUUGGCGAUCUACCUGAUCUUGUGGUUUGGGGACACGAACAUGAGGCUAUAACCGACUUGCAUUUCAACCCAGAAUUAAAUUUCCAUGUCUAUCAACCUGGAAGUACAGUUGCAACAUCUUUGUGUGCCGCUGAAGCGGCUCCAAAGCAUGUUGGACUAUUAUCUGUCUCAUACAAUUCUGAGAAUGAUUCUAAUAAUUUCCGAUUGGAAACAAUCCCUCUGAAAACACCUCGACGGAUGAUCUGUGAAGAUAUUAACAUUGAUAGUCUUCUUAGUAGCCGAGGUGAUCGUGACGACGGUGAAUUGAACGAUCUUAUCUUUGAGUUUCUUUGUGAGAAAAUCCAAGAACAGAUAAACAAAGCGGCCGUCGAUCAUUCUGGCCAUCCAAUGGAACCUCUUGAACCUUUGAUCAGAAUUCGAGCCGAAUACUCAACUGAAUAUCAUCAUAUUAACCCAGGACUUUUUAAUCACAAGUUCUUAAAUAAAGUCGCUAAUCCCAAAGAAAUAGUAAUGUUCAAAUACAAACGAACCCGUUCAGCCUUUAGUGGUAACCCAAGUGGUCUCAAUGUCGGCGAACUGGACGAUUUAUUGGAUUACACGGCUGCUCCUCGAUGUAAUAUCGAUGAUGUUAUUUACGAAUACUUUCAAAAUACCGAUGAGAAAAACAAAUUAACUCUUUUAUCAGAGAAAGUUAUGGUUACCGCUAUCAAGGAGAUCGUCGAGAAAGAACAGACAACCGAACGAUUAACACAAGCGGUUGAUUUUUUGCGAACUAAAAUUCACAAUUCAAUUGUUGCAGAUAAUCCAAUUUUCACCGAAAAUAAACCCGAAAUUGAAACAGCAAUUAAACAGGCAAAAGAAAAAUACAUGAAAGACGAUGAAAAGGCCAUGAAGGAACUUAAAUCUUUCUUUCAGACAACAAAUGGAAAUUCAGAGGUUACAAUCAACGAUUCUUCUGAUGAUGAUUUAGAUGAUAAUCAUUCUUCAAACGUUAUUCAUUCACCAACUUCAUCAACUUCGACAAGUUCAAGAGCAACUCGAGGACGAGGUCGAGCAACUCGUGGGUCCGCUGCGGGUCGAGGUCGCGGUCGAGGUAAAAAUCUAUCUAAUCAAGGAAGUUUGGAAAGUAUGGUGAAAAUAACUCGACGAAGUUAAACAAUUUAUUGAUUCUCAAUUCCGCACAAUUGAUUCUCCUUGUCCUUCAAGACCAUCUAAUCUGAUUUGAUUAAAUAAUCAGUAUUUUCUUACUCUCAUCUAAAACAUUUGAUACUCAAAUGAUCAUCUGAUCAUUUUUAUUUCGUUGAAAAUUUUCAAGAAAAUCUAACUGAAUAAACCAAAAUAUUAGCAAUUAGAAA